AUGAUACGCAUUCAUUCUUUCUUUCUUUCUUUCUUUCUUUCUUUCUUUCUUUCUUUCUUUCUUUCAUUCGUUCUUUCUUUCAUUCGUUCUUUCUUUCUUUCUUUCUUUCUUUCUUUCUUUCUUUCUUUCACUUGUCUUUCUAUUUUUCUUGUACCUGUCUUUCUUUUAUCGUUUCUUUUGCAUUUUUAUAUUGAGUUUCUAUUUUAUUCUGUUCUCAUCUAUCUAUCUAUUGCUUCCUUCAUUACUAUUCUAUUUUAUUCUAUCUAUCUAUCUAUCUAUCUAUCUAUCUAUCUAUCUAUCUAUCUAUCUAUCUAUCUCGGCCUCUUAAAUAUCUGUUUUUAUUUAGCUUCUCAACUUUUCCAGCAUUUUCCAUUUUUUUCUCCCUUACACCUCUUUCUGUCCUUCUCUAACUUUUGUUUUUCUUUCUCUUUCUUCCUUUUUUCUUCUCAUUUCCACUUUAUGUCUUCACUCUUUUUUCUUUAUUUUCUUUUCUUUCAUCUUCCUGCGUCUACGUUUCAAAAUUCCUGUCUCCUCUUCAACAUUCUUUGGUUUUUCACUUCUUUUUUUUUCUCUUGCUAUCACUUCUUUCUUCUUUUUUUCUCCUUUCUCUUAUUUUUGAAAUAUUAUUUUCAAUUUUCUUAUUAUUAUUCUCAUUCUUAUGUUGCUACUCUUACGCAACUGCAAGUAACUUCUUCCGUCCUGCAACUCUUCUCGCCAAGGUCCGAACUCUUCUCUCUGCCGUCUGAGGUGAACUCUUCUCUCUGCCUUCCGGGGGCUGUUUCUGCUUGUUUGGCCUGCAACUUUACUGCCUGUCUGGCCUGCAAUUCUUCGGCUUGUCCUGCCUGCAGCUCUUCUGCCUAUCUGGCCUGCAAUUCUUCGGCCUGUCUGGCCUGCAGCUCUUCUGCCUAUCUGGCCUGCAGCUCUUCUGCCUAUCUGGCCUGCAAUUCUUCGGCCUGUCUGGCCUGCAGCUCUUCUGCCUGUCUGGCCUGCAGCUCUUCUAUCCCUAUCUUCGGCCUGUCUGGCCUGCAAUUCUUCCAACCUGUCUGGCCUUUCAGCUUUUCUUCUCUUCGACUUGGCUGCAACUCUCUGCCUGUCCGGGCCAAACGGACUCCCUUCUUGCCCGCAAGGGACCCCGCCGUCCGCUCCCAACUUUCUGGCCGUCUGUCUUUUCUGUCGAUUGGGACGCAACUGCAAGUAACUUCUUCUUCCGUCCUGCAACUCUUCUCGCCAAGGUCCGAACUCUUCUCUCUGCCGUCUGAGGUGAACUCUUCUCUCUGCCUUCCGGGGCUGAACUGUUCUGCUUGUUUGGCCUGCAACUUUACUGCCUGUCUGGCCUGCAAUUCUUCGGCUUGUCUAGCCUGCAGCUCUUCUGCCUAUCUGGCCUGCAAUUCUUCGGCCUGUCUGGCCUGCAGCUCUUCUGCCUAUCUGGCCUGCAGCUCUUCUGCCUAUCUGGCCUGCAAUUCUUCGGCCUGUCUGGCCUGCAGCUCUUCUGCCUGUCUGGCCUGCAGCUCUUCUGCCUAUCUGGCCUGCAAUUCUUCGGCCUGUCUGGCCUGCAAUUCUGCUCCAACUUCUCUGCGGCUUUCGAGCAAUUUUCUUCUCUUCGACUUGGCUGCAACUUCUCUGCCUGUCCGGGCCAAACGGACCGGCCCUUCUUGCCCGCAAGGGGCGAAUGAGCAGGGCCCGCCAGUCUCUCUUUCCACCAUUGAUGCCACUUUGUGUCUAUUGUCGAAAAGCCUACGCUCAUCUUUUCUAUUCGGGUUCUCUCAUCUAUCUAUCUAUCUAUCUAUCUAUCUAUCUAUCUAUCUAUCUAUCUAUCUAUCUAUCUAUCUCUGUUGA